AUGAUGGCUGAUUUGGCAUUCAAAGAAUUCCUUUUCAAAAUCUCUCUCAUUUUCUUUUAUUCUUUCUUUUCAAACUUAUCUUCUGGUUUCUCUCAUUUUCCUUUCCUCAUUCUCUUUGGGUUUUUUUUUGUUCCAUCUCCAACCCACUUCAUUCUUUCUGACCUUCUCUCCUCCUCCUUCACUAUCUUUUCCCAUCCACCUAUUUUAUUUUUGUUCUUUACUAUUUCUUCUAAUUUUCUAGUUCUUCUUCUUUCCUAUUUUCCUUCAUAUUUGAUUCUCCUAUAUUGCUUUCUUUUUCGCCUUUUUGUUCUUCCUGGUCUUCUUAUUUCCACAUCUACUAAUUAUUCACUUUCUACUUCAUUCUUAGUUUUUGUUAUUGAUCUAUUUUUAUUCUCUUACCAUUUUCUUUUAUUUCUGUUUCCAGUUUUUUCUUCCUUUUUCUACCUCCCCAUUUUUCUGAUUCUUUCCCUUCAUGCUUCUCUUUUUCCUUUUUUCAUUUCUUCCUUCUCUAUUUCAUUUCUGCUCUUCCUCCUGCCUUCUCUAAUCAUCUUUAUUCCAACCCCUCACGUUUUCACCCAUUUCUUUCAGUGA